AUGGCGACAAUUGAUAAGUCUUGGACCAAAAUCAGAAAUCGUGGUUGCCAUGAAUUUUGGAAUGGUUUACAAGCCUUUUUAGCAAUGGCAUCAGAACAUAAGGAUUGUGAUGGAAGAAUUCGAUGUCCUUGUGUGAGAUGUAUAAAUAGUAGGUUUGAAAAAAUAGAUAGGGUUAGAGCACACGUAUUUGAUCGAGGUUUCAUGCAAGGAUAUGAUAAGUGGAUUUAUCACGGCGAGCCUGAGGAUGUUGUCGAUGAUGUAGCAGUUGCCGAUAUUGAAUCAGAGGAUGAAAUGAUACCUAUUCUAGAAGACUUCUUUCCCCCAACAACAGAGGAUGUACAAGGAGAAGAUGAACAACCAACCACAAACCCUCAGUUUGAUGACUUAUUUGAGGAAAUUGAAGCUGAAUUGUAUCCCGGUUGUGAUUGGAUUUCGUCUCUAAACUUUUUAGCAAAGCUAUUGCAUUUAAAAGUUAGGGGAAAAAUUCCUAAUAACAUCUUUGAAGAAUUAUUGAAGCUUUUAAAGUUUGCGUUUCCGAAGGAAAAUAAUAUUCCAUCAACUUACUACGAGGCAAAAAAGAGAUUGAAGAAAUUAGGCUUGGGUUAUGAUAAUAUCGAUGUCUGUUUGUAUAAUUGUUGCUUAUUUUAUAAGGAGAAUGCAUCCAAGGAGGCUUGUCCAGUUUGCGGAACUAGUCGUUGGGUUACUUCCGAGAACGGGAAAGGAAAAAGAGUUCCUUGCAAAGUCAUGCGAUACUUUCCGUUGACACCUCGACUUAAAAGAUUAUAUAGUUCGAGGAUUACAGCGAAAAGCAUGAUAUGGCAUCAUACUGGAAAAUCAAAAGAUGAUGGGGUGUUGCGACACCCGGUCGAUGGUUUAGCUUGGAAAGACUUUGAUGCAAAACAUCCCGAGUUUGCAAGGGACCCAAGAAAUGUUCGACUUGGUGGUGGUAGCUAA